CUAGUUAACUGCACCCCGCUUCCUGUUAGCUGCUCUUUGGAUUUACGUGACUGUCGUUCGGCUUCUCUGCACCUCGACUAUGUUGGUAGUGAGUUGAUAUACGUUUUAAAAUAAUGGGGAGUCACAACUCUAUAUCUUAAAGGUAGUUAUUAGCUAGCAAUAGCGACUUUAAAGUCAGAGCCCGCCCGUUUGUGCUCCUUAAAACAAAACGUUAAGCUAAGCUAAAUGGAUUAUUGAACUGUUUAAGAUGUCGUGGUUUAAUUAUGUCAGUCAAAGCUCAAGUCAACACCAGCCCACUGACAAUCAAGGAAUUGCAGGCAUCCUGUGCAGUUCUCCCAACCCAGUGUUCAAGUGCCCUGCGAGUUUCCCUUCUCCCAGCUUGGGUGAAUUUCCCCCAGCUCCUCAAGGUGUAGUCAGCCCUCCCAGCCUUGAGAAGCUGUCCUGCGCUUCUCCGAGUGCAGGUCAAGUUAGAGAGCCCGAACCCAUCUCCUACGUAACCUUCCAGGAGCAGCGGUGUGUCCUGAGCUGGUUCCAGAGCUGGACUCCUGUUCAGAGGGAGCGGUUCCUCCAGGACCUUCUGGGGAAAGCUGUGCCGGGGAAAGUGUGCACCCUCCUAGACUCACUCAGCACUCUCCAGGUUAAAGACAAACUUCCAAACAUCUUUGAAUGCCAGCUCCGCCUGUGGACGCAGUGGUUUGAGUCUUGGGGAGAAGAGGAGAGGAAUCAUUUCCUACACAUGCUGGAAGAGCGGGACCCGGAUUUUGUUACCCACUUUUACAGGAGUGUAGCGGGUACAGCAGGAAGAGACUGAGCAAUGUUUGCAUUGUGAUAGAAAAGCAAGUAAUAAAGGGGUGAUGUGUGGUGUGGAAAACAUAUUCUCUGAGUCUCUUUGUAGAAAAUGUAGCCUUCUUGUGGAUAGUAGUGUUCGUAUACGUUUUGUAAGUAAAGUUCUGCAUGCCUGCUCCGCCGGGUUUUUUGUUUUUUAAAAGUUUUUCAUUGACUGACACGAAUUUGUAAAUAAACAGGUUUAA